AUGGUGCAGAAGCGAGUCCGCCAGUACAGAGAGCCCAGCCGGCCUGGUGAACCCGACAAGUCAGCAUGGGGUUUCUGCUGCCGGUGUGAGAAUAGCGGAGAGAUCAUGAGUUGGCUCAGAUGCAGGAUUUGCCUUCACAACCGUUGUGAAUAUUGUGACUACUCGGCAUCCAAAAUGAUCACCGACAGCGACAGACCAAACGGAUCGAACCCAUUGGAGAGGAUUAACGACUUGUCUGGCGAGACGCAAUUGGAACCGGAAGCUCUAGGUUCCGACGAGACUGUGCUGGAAUCUGAUGUUGCAAAGGGCUGGGAGAUCCUGAGGUCGAUGAAUACCCGAGAUCGGGGUCAAAAUGCCCAAGUGCAGCGACCUACCCUCAUGUCGCAGUUGAAUCUCUUGCAGAAUCUCGUCACAGUCCCAGAUAUCAAGGACUAG